GGGGGCGGGGCCUAAACGAAGAGCGGCUCACUCAGCCUAUCAGAAGCGAGCGAGGGACCGUUUGAGUUCAAAACUGAAGCGGCGCACUCAAGAAAACACCGUGAGCGAGCUUUCCGGGGAGAUUUCACUUUGGUUUUUAGCAUUUAACCACAAUGUCUUCAUCGAAAAAGCAGAUUUACUAUUCCGACAAGUAUUCUGACGAGGAAUACGAGUACAGACAUGUUAUGCUUCCCAAGCAGCUUUCCAAACUGGUGCCGUCCUCCCAUUUAAUGUCAGAGGAGGAAUGGAGAGGACUGGGAGUCCAGCAAAGUCAGGGCUGGAUCCAUUACAUGAUCCAUAAACCAGAACCUCACAUUCUGCUUUUCCGAAGACCGCUUCCCAAGGAAUGAAAUGUCAAGAUUGUCAUCGGAAGUUAAACUACUUGGUUGACUCUGACCAUGCAUGCAUUUCUUUCCAUACGUUGUGAUUUGUACAUAAGUUUUAUUAUUUGCAGAUCUAUGGUAAUGAAAUGUUACUCCUUCCCAUCCCCCUUUCAUUCGGAGAUCUGAUGGCAACAGGAGCAUAGAGGGGAGCGGGCUGCAUCCUCCAAAGUGUUUUCUUUAGAUCUGCACUUAAGUUACGUAAAAUAAGCUGGAUGGUGUUUCAGGUCUAGUAAUCGCCCCUGUCCUGAAUAGAAGGAAUAGUUUUUGUUGUACACUACGAUGCUUUCUGUUGCUCAACUGCUGUUGUUAACAUCUCCAUUUUGUAUGUUGAGCAGUCAACGUUUGU